GUGGGUGUGGUUUGCCCUUUCGGCUUAAUCGGCACAUAUCUAUCUCUUCAUAAACCGAACACAGCCCAUUGUGCGACCUAUCACUACACCGACUAUUGAAUUGUACGUUGAACUGUCGUAAACGCAAAUCACAAUGAAGUUGGCUGUUUUCCUCGUGAUCAUCCUGCCUUUGGCAAUGUCUGCACCCCAUGAAGACCGGGCUUUUUCAUUUAACCCAAUCCUGCAAAGCCUCCUAAAUGUUUUCCACGCAGACGAACUCAAAAAAAUAGUUGCUAGCUUAGUCGCUGAUCUUGGUACCGAUCAGAGGAAAGGAGAGUGCCAAACUGAGUGUGACACUCUUGUAGACCAUCAGCUGUCAGCCGGCUCAAUCAACACUAUAACCCACACAUUUUGUCCUAUGGCGUGUACAUCGUUACAGCAACUCGCUCAACAUUACAAUAUUCCAAUUCCUUCUACUCCUGCUCCUACUGCAUAGAGAGGAUGGUCCUGUACACUUGAAAUUGUUUUAGAAGUCUUCUUAUACUAAAUAAAUAACCAGAUUAUU